CUUAAACUGAGAGGCAUACCCAAUGAGCGCACUCGAGCACCUCCCCAAAAUCUUCUGAUUACAAGCGCUAGAUGUUUACACAUGACGUGCGCGCAUAAAGACGACAGAUGAGCAGUGCCGCUUCAGUAUACAGGUACAAGAAAGGGAUGGAUCACAGACCGGCGGAAUUCACACUUUGUGGACGCGCAAAGACAACAUUUUAGUGCAACCGCAUCCUGGAAUAUUGUUGCAUCCACAUCUCACUCUUUCUCAGUUAGCGCUUUAUAAAUCAAAUUUCUCGCGCACAAACAUGUUUUUGUUGCUAAGAUCAGUUCUUCUUGUUAACGUGUUCUAUGCUCAGUUGGAAAUUGUGAAUUCAAUGCAGAGCCAGUUUUGCGUGCCGGUCAGACUGGAUCAUGUCAAGAACAGUUUAGACAACACGUUGGCGCAAAAAGUUGUAUUCAAAAUAAGUGCUUUUGAACAAGAUUUUGUACUCGAAUUGCAGUCGGACUCCAGCUUCAUUGCUCCAGGUUUCUCGACGCGCGCCGACUCAACUGCUCAAAAUUCCGCGCACAGCGAAGAUCUGAGCCGGUGUUUUUAUGCCGGUGAGGUGAAUUCUGACCCAUAUUCCUAUGCAGCGCUCAGCUUGUGCAAGGGGCUGCAGGGCGCAUUCGGUUACGAUGGCUGGGAAUAUUUCAUCAAUCCGGCUGUUAACGACACCGACCGGGACAAUAUGGAUGCGCAUGUCAUCAGACGCAGAUCUAACGCCAAUAUGAGUGGAAACUCAAAGUCAAGGUGCGGCGUGGACAGCGAUGUGACCCACACCGUUGCUCAGUCUUUGGCGAAGUUCAAGCACAUGAAGGAACGCAUGAGUAACCUCACUAUGUCAGUUCUGAAAACCCGCUCGAAAAGAUUCGUUUCCAUUCCGCGUUAUGUAGAGACAUUAGUGGUGGCCGAUGAAUCUAUGGCCAAAUUCCACGGUGAUGACCUCAAGCAUUACGUGCUGACCUUAAUGUCCGUGGCAGCUAAGCUUUACAAACACCCCACCAUUCUCAACUCUAUCAACAUCGUGGUUGUCAAGUUUAUGGUGAUUAACGAGGAAGAGAAAGGACCCAAGGUUUCCGGGAACGCGGCGAUGACCCUGCGUAAUUUCUGCACCUGGCAGAAGAAGCUGAACAAAAACAGUGACAAGCAUGAGGAGUAUUGGGAUACGGCAAUCCUAUUCACAAAACAGGACCUGUGCGGAGCCUCAACAUGUGACACACUGGGUAUGGCAGAUGUUGGAACCAUGUGUGAUCCAAAGAGAAGUUGUUCUGUGAUUGAAGAUGAUGGGUUGCCAUCUGCCUUCACUACUGCCCAUGAGCUUGGACAUGUAUUCAAUAUGCCACAUGAUAAUGUUAAGGCAUGUGAGGAGGUGUUUGGCAAGCUGGAGGACAAUCACAUGAUGUCUCCCACUCUAAUCCGAAUUAACCGCACCAGUCCUUGGUCCCCAUGCAGUGCUGCCAUUAUCACUGAUUACCUGGACAGUGGACACGGUGAUUGUCUGCUGGAUCAACCUCAGAAACCAUUAGCUCUUCCAGAAGUGCUCCCUGGUGCAUCGUAUGGUUUAGAGCGGCAGUGUGAGCUUGCCUUCGGUGCCGGCUCAAAGCCAUGCCCAUUCAUGCAGGCACCAUGUCAGCGAUUAUGGUGCACAGGGAAGACCCGUGGGCAACUGGUCUGCCAGACAAGACACUUUCCGUGGGCAGAUGGAACCAGCUGCGGGGACGGACAGCUCUGCAUGCGGGGCACAUGCAUGGAUAAACAGGAGAUCACCAAAACUAAGGUGGAUGGCAGAUGGGGUAAAUGGGGGCCUUUUGGUACCUGCUCCAGAACUUGUGGAGGUGGUGUGCAGCUGUCAAAGAGAGAGUGUGACAACCCUGUGCCACUCAACGGAGGCAAAUACUGUCAGGGAGUGAGGGUCAAAUACCGGUCCUGCAACCUUUCCCCAUGCACUGACACAGGCAAGAGCUAUCGUGAGGAGCAAUGUGAAGCUUACAAUGGGUUUAGUCUGAACACUAACCGGCUCACCCCUUCUGUGGUGUGGGUGCCCAAAUAUUCUGGUGUUUCGGCCAAAGAUAUGUGCAAGCUGAUCUGCAGAGCAAAUGGAACAGGAUACUUCUACGUUCUUGCACCAAAGGUUGUUGAUGGUACACCAUGUUCUCCUGACUCCUCAUCAGUCUGUGUCCAAGGAAAAUGCAUCAAGGCAGGCUGUGAUGGGAAACUGGGAUCUAACAAGAAGUUUGACAAAUGUGGUGUCUGUGGAGGAGAUAACAAGAACUGCAAGAAGGUCUCAGGUCUUUUCACCAAGCCCAUGCAUGGUUACAAUUUUGUGGUCAUGCUUCCUGUGGGAGCCUCCAACGUGGACAUCAGGCAGCGUGGCUACAAGGGCAUCAUGAGUGAUGACAACUAUCUUGCUGUCAAGAACAGCCAGGGCAAGUACAUGCUGAAUGGAAACUAUGUGGUUUCAGCCAUGGAGAAGGAUAUUCUGGUGAAAGGGAGUCUGCUCCGCUACAGUGGAACGGUUGGGUCCUCAGAGACUCUACAGGCUGUGAAGCCUCUGGGUGAAGCCCUGAUAAUUGAAGUGCUUUCUGUGGGCCAGAUGACACCACCACGCAUCCGCUAUUCUUUCUACUUGCCACGGGAGAGCAAAGAUAACAAGGUGCAAAAGAAAGAAGAAAAGGCACAUGCUGAAAACAGUGUUCUUAGGGAAGAGGGCGGAAUCAGUAAAGGUGGAAAGGGGGUAGAUCUUCUCAAGGACAAAAUCCCACCUAUGUACGUCAAAGAUAUCGCACCAAAACCAGAGAAGUGGGUGGCUGCAGGGUGGGAUGUUUGCUCGGUUACUUGCGGUAAUGGACUCCAGAGGAGGAUGGUGCAAUGUCUUGGGGGAGAUGGUGGGGCUGGGGUGGACUGUGACCCUACCCAAAAGCCCAGUGCCAUUCAGGCAUGUGGAGACCCUUGCCCCAUGUGGGAGGUGGGCGACUGGUCCCCUUGCUCCAAGACCUGUGGGAAGGGCUUCAAACGGCGCCUGCUUCACUGCGUUACAAAUGUGGGAAAAUUUCUUCCCAGGGAGAAGUGUGCAGACAAGAAGAAGCCACAGGAGCUGGACUUCUGUUCAUUAACCCCUUGUAAAUAAUCCGUACCUCCCUUUAUUAUUGCUCUCCAUGGACCUUCUAUUUUGUCGAAUUGCAUAUUCAACAGAGAAAAGAACAAAGAAAAAAAGACUAUAUGUUCUGGUUCAUAGUUUAUAUUUUCUCAUCUGCCUGACAACAGAACAAAAAUGAACAGCUGUGGGAAAAAAAUGACGGAAAAAUGAUAAAAGGGACAUUUGAGGUCAUGAGAUAAACAGGCUUGAACAAGAAUGCAAAUAGUACUCUACCUCCAAUAGUAACACAAUUAUUAAAUUAUCCAUCACCUGUAAAUCAUUCAGAUUAGAGCAAAUUCAUAAUCAUGAAUGGAAUUAUAGCCUGAUGUCAUUAAAAUUCAUAGGCAUUCAUACGUAACAUCUACACAAUAUAUUUUUGUAUGUUUAAAUAAAUGCCAUAAAGACAUAUUGACAGCAUCUAAAACAUAAGCAUUAAGUAUGAAUUUAAAACAAAAAUCUUUAUGAAUUCUUUAUUUUUUAAUAUUUGCAUAGUUACAUUUCACUAUUAUACCCUAACCCCACCUCUAUCCUAAAGCUAACCACUUCUUAACAAAAUUAAAAAAAAGGCAGAUAAAUGUAAAUCAUUUCAAAUUAGGUUCAAGCAUUAAAAUAUGAUGACAUUGAACAUACUCAUGUCAUUGAUUAAAUGCAGUACAAUUAACAUAUUCCAUCAGUUCAAUAUUCCGUGAACCAAAAAGAAUUUUAAACAUUGUAUGUCUAAGUCAUUCAUAUGCAAAAAGCUUACAUUUGAGAUGCUGUUAAUAUGUCUGUAAUGUACGUGAAAAUUAAUGUGGUAUUACCACGCUUAUAAAUGAAUACCUGUGAUUACUAAUGAGUUGACAUUGGGCAUUGCCAUGCGAGGCCAAAACAACAGUGCAAUUAUUAAGCCUAAACUGCACAAAUACAUUGCUUUUAACUGAAUGGAUGAUUUUGUUUCUGCAGACAUCAGUGUAAACAUCUCUAUUUGUGUGAGCUAAUUGAUGUUUGAAAUGGCCAUUAAUGAAUGCCUACAGUGGAGGCCAAACCAAGCACUGAUGCAGUCCAUCUGGGUUAACAGAAACAUUCCACAGGGUAUAUAAUAAACUAGCUCAAAAAUGCCCUUGUACUGCAUGGAACUGGCUGCAAUCUACCAUUUGAUCUACCCUUUUUCCUGGGGAACAAGUAGUUAUUAACAAAAAAUUAAGAUCAACAUCCAAGAAUGAGAGUGGAGUAUUUGUAGAAGAGGUUAAUAUUUGCAAAAAAGUUUACUGGUUCACUAGUUUUUCACUUUUUCACAUUGCUUACGGACUGAGAGGAAGCACAGGCAGCACAUCCUUCGUAUCAACAAACAGGCCUAAAUAUUAUCAUUUUUUCACAACUAGAGCAAGAAAGCCGGUUAUCCCAAUGCUUUACGUCAUGCAAAUAAAUGAAGUCAUCUGUGUUGUAAUGUAACUGGAAAUCUUCUAACUACUUUCCACAUGGGUUUUCAUGCAAUCCAGUGAUCCACCUUUACUACUGCAAGAUGAUGUGCAGUAACUGCAGUAAAGGGUCCAUUUUGACAAAGUACAGAUCAUGGAAAUGUUUAAGUCUUUGCCGAUGUAUUAGCCCACUUAAAACAAGAACAGCAAUGAGAAAGCCUUAUGUACACAAGACCUGUGUUUUAUCAGUACACUUGUGUUAGCAUCUUAGCGGUCUGGCUCUUUUUGUAUGUUCAUUCAUCUCCUUAAAGUCACUGUUAUUUAGUUCAGCAGACCUGCAUUUUUUUCUGGCCAGCAUAUUUCCUGCUGUCAGCCAUGUUCUGUACUGCCAAACACAUUGUCUCAUUGUCCAUCUUUCAACCAGAACAUUUUUUUUUGUUUGUUUGUAAUGCUGUUUAUCUCCCCUCCUCUACCUACCACUGAGCCAGAGGUGCAGCUGCUAUAAUCAUGCCCUGUCUGGUACAGUUGCCAUUUUAACUAAGUUAUUACUAUUAUAAUGAAUUUUAAGAACUGGUGGCACAAGGUUGUACAGUGUCGUGCCCUGUGCUUCAGUGGCAAGUCAUUCUUUGUACACAGUGAAAAUCCCUGUAAUACGCCAAUACAUUACGUUUGUGAUCAAGGUUCAUCAGAGUGACCAUAUCGUCCAUCUAAAAGAUGGUUUCUGUAUUACUUUAAUGCAUAUUUUUCUUUUGCGCAUUCGUACAGCAAAAGAUUUCAAUGUCCUGCAUGGGCUUGUAUACCAUGUAUACAUCCAUCUGGCUGUGCACAAACAAGUCAUGUAAAUACCUAUUAUGUCUUGUUAUACAUAUUUUUUUUCUCUUCAUGCUUCAAGGUAUUUAUUCCAAAUAAAACAUUUAGAAAUA